AUUUGAUGAUUGUAAUCUAUAACAAGGAGAUAAUUAUUGCUGUGAAUCUUUUCACGUGGUUCACACCUUUAUCACACUACUGUACAAGCAUUCCGAAAUUGUACGCCCCUCCUCUAAAGGAGGAGGAGCAAAAGGAUGCUUUUCGAGCAUGCGCAACAAGCACACUUUGCCUAACGUUUUAAUUUGAACGCAAUGAAAGUUUAAACUCUGCAGUCACGCUCGGGAAGCUGUAAGGGACAUAGGUUUUCCACGGAUAAACCGAAGAUUGUGCUGCAAAAAGGAAUUAUAGUGUUGUAAUAAGUAUAUCAGUGCAAUGGAAAGUAACGCCAGCAGUGAUAUCGAUAUGUCCAAGCUCGGUGCAUCGGCCAAAGGACUGUUGACCACAUUCGAAAACGCCAAUGCCAGCCUUAUGGCAUCGGCCCUAGUAACAACGGUGCAGUUUGCAGCGGUCAAAGACAUGGCCGAAACACUGCGACACGGUGACUGUGGUGAAGUGCAAAAUCGACCAGAAGCGUGUUUUAGCCGCAGUCCCAUGCAGGAUCUGUCCGAUGAGGAUAUGUCCGACUUUUCGUCCAACGAAAGUGACGGACUGGAAGAGUUAGAUUUGAAAAACUCUGGCCAUGUUCGCAGUGGCGAAGAAGAGGCUGGCAGCCAGGCUCACGACAGUUGUGGAUCACUGGUGCCAGUAAUGCCGGUACUCAAUCUAGCCGGCACAAAGCUAGGUAUUGGAGGGACUGGAUUGAAUGGGACCGGUGCCGUCGUCCGAAAAAUGUUUACCAACACCAGAGAACGAUGGCGCCAGCAGAACGUGUCGGGUGCGUUUGCCGAGCUGCGUAAGUUGGUCCCGACCCAUCCGCCGGACAAGAAGCUGUCCAAAAACGAAAUUCUUCGAAUGGCCAUUCGGUACAUACGUUUGCUGACGAAUGUGCUCGAGUGGCAGAAGAAACAGGAAGCUAACGAUCGCACUCCACUGAAGCAGCGAAGCUCGCAGCAGCAACUUCAGCAGCUGAUUCAAACUGCACAAGCCCCAAAUCAUCUAGUUCAGCAUUCUAAUAACGAGAACCAUUUCACGGGCAACUAUCGUGAAAAUGGGAACAAUCUGUUAAUGAUCGUAUCACCCAAAUCGUUUGCUAAGUCCACCAGCACUGGAGGUCGUACCAGCAGACUCGAAUCGAAGGCAGAACCACAGUAUGUGGAGAUUGAGAAAAUAAAACUGGUCAGCAAACUGUGUCCUGUGAGCAAGUUACCCAAACCACCCGGCUCUGGUAACACAUCGAGCACCAGUGCCAAAAGCCGCCGCAAAACGAUGGGCAACGCGUUACACUUCCGGUCCGGUUUGCACAUCAAAACGGAUCUGAUGGCACUUUCGCAACCGUGUGGUUCGAUACCUACCAUGAUGGAGAGCGAAAUUAAGCGCGAACUGACGCACCAUGGCCAGUUGGUUUCGCACGCGGGUGAAGGACACAGCCGCGAGUGCUUGAAUGGUGGCGAUGGGAUCACGCAGGAACGAACUACCGAAAAGGGACUGGAAAAACCAAAAUAAAUGGAGCAGCUACAGAGGGGAUUAUGUUCGUAUUUACAGCAACACAAUCAUGCAUUACGGUAUCCUAUUGUAGAAAAAUUCGACGUGGUUGCACGAAAUAUUAUUAACAUCCCAGAUACAUGUCCGCCAGUUAGUCAUCAACUAAUCAAUGUCAAAUAUAGCGUUUCCUAUCAUUCGAACCUUUCACUGAUUUUCACUUCUAGCUUGUAACAAGUGGCCGCAUGUUUAUUCCAUGUAAUUAAAUCUCAAAUCUACGUCGAAGUGUGUCUUUAACGGAUUGAUGUAGUUACAACAAUUUGAUAUCUAAAGUUUCACAUUAAUUCCCAUUGAUCUUUAAUUCCGGCUGCUUAGAUCAGGGGGCUGCAAAAUACGAGGGCCUCCCGAGAGGUAUCGAGAUUGGCCCUCAGCUGUGGAUAAAAAGUUUGGAGGCCCCUGGCUUAGAUGAUUCGAAUUGGUCCCUAACACCGACGCAAUCCAUUUUAAUUUCUCAUUUUAGUCUACAAUAGUGGCUGGUUAUCUGUUAUUCUAAUUACCUUUAACCGGGGCGUCCCGGUGGUAGAUUUGGUAAACUUCGCAGGUCCACACGGCAGGACCGGGUUCAAAUCCCAUCCGGAUCGUCCCUCCGUAGCAAGGACUGACUAUCCAGCUAUGUGGUAAAAUAAGUCUAGUAAGCCAAAAAUGGCCGGCAUGACCUUAGAGGUCCAUACGCCAAGAAGAAGAAUUACCUUUAACAGCUCAAUCGGCAAAUUAAUUUAGACAUCGUUGUUCUCGACUACGCUACUUGAAGCGGUCUACCAUAUCGUCACUAAAGCGCCUUCACUACUGUCCUGACACAGAGGGAUCAUUAUUCACUUUUUUGUUUUCUGGUACAACUAUGGCCGAUAAUUACAGCUUUCACAUAACUUCAUGAAGGUUCGAUUUUCGGUAGCGGCCUCUAAGGUCUUCAUCCCGGUCGCUUAUGACUUACUAGACUUAUUUUUAUUAAGCUUCAGGGUAAAAAUUUGUAUUGAGUUCACGGUCAUUACUGAAUUUAUUUAAAGUUUUGAGUAUAAAAAAAUAAUAUAACGGCGAACAUUUCAACUACAUGUCUGCUGUAUCAUCAAACGAAAUAUAGAAACUUACUCGAUGAAAAAAAUAAGAAAACAUUAAAACCCACCACGACUUUGUUCACUAAUCCAUUUUCCCAUCGAUAUCACAUGAGCAGUCGCCUGCCAGGUCGUCAUCGCCGUCGCCUUUUAUU